CUUUAUUGAUGUUGAGCAUUCUCCAAAAACUACGGCCGAUUUAUCCUUUGGUUGGACACGCUAUUAUCCCUUAUCAGCAAUCGAAGGGCUUUUAGAUGAAAUACUAGCAGAACACCCGACAGUUACAAGUGGCAUCGAUAUCGGCACUUCCUAUGAAGGACGUAAAAUACGAGGCAUUAAGAUCUCAUACAAAGAGGGUAAUCCUGGUAUCUUUAUCGAAUCCAAUAUACACGCACGCGAAUGGAUCAACUCAGCGACGGCUACUUGGUUCAUUAAUCAGCUUCUAACAUCGACAGAUUCCGAUGUGCGCGAUUUGGCCGAAAACUUUUAUUGGUAUAUUGUGCCAGUUUUGAAUGUGGAUGGCUUCGUUUGCACGCAUGAAACGGAUCGCAUGUGGCGUAAGUCUCGCCAAACAGUUGAGGGAUCAGCAUGCAUAGGGGCCGAUCCGAAUCGUAACAGCGAUUCGCAUUGGAUGGAGAAU